GCCGCAUCUCGCCCCGACUACCCGGCUACAGCAUUAAAAAGACUGGAGAAACUUUGCAGUGUUCUAAAUUUCGUUGCGAACUACAUAUUUAAUUUUUCGUCGCCUGUCCGUUUUUCCAGUUUAAAAAAAAGUUGUUUUAUACUGUAAAUGUGGCGAGGGGGCGGACACAGCGGGACUCUGCUGUCCUGCGGUAACAUUGUUGUGGAACGACGUCACAGCUCGAAAAUGAAGGCGCAGAGGCAGCCAUUACCGGAGCAUCUCUAAUUAUUUUAUUCCAAAUAAAUACUCGCGGAAAACUCCCAUGGCAAGAGCUACAAGUCAGCUGUAUGAUGUCGUGCCCAUUCAGCCCAGCGUUGUCAUUUGUUCCCGCUCGCAUCCAUCAAUGGUAAGGAACCACCCCGACUUGAGCAGCAGCCACUGUCCCGGCAUGGAGGGCUCGCCCUCAGAGCCCCGCGCUGUGGGACCGUCCGCCGGCGGUCAGGGCUCCAGCUUUCGCGCCCAGAAGGUGGUGCAGGCGCCUCAGCCUCGCAAGAAGAAACCAGAGGACUUCAAGUUCGGCAAAAUUCUGGGAGAGGGCUCCUUCUCGACGGUUGUCCUGGCAAGAGAGCAGGUAACUGGCAAAGAAUAUGCAAUUAAAAUAUUAGAGAAGCGGCACAUCAUGAAGCAGAACAAAGCCCAGUAUGUGAAACGGGAAAGGGACUUGAUGUCCAAUCUCGAGCACCCGUUCUUCGUCAAGCUCUUCUUCACAUUUCAAGACGACGAGAAGUUGUAUUUUGGUCUCAGCUACGCAAAAAAUGGGGAACUCCUAAAAUACAUUCGUAAAAUCGGUUCUUUUGAUGAGACCUGCACUAGAUUCUAUUCAGCGGAAAUUGUUAGCGCUCUAGAAUAUUUGCACAAUAAGGGAAUUAUCCAUAGAGAUCUGAAACCAGAGAAUAUUCUAUUGAGCGAAGAGAUGCACAUCCAGAUAACAGAUUUCGGGACAGCGAAACAGUUGUCAUCGGACAGCAAGCAAGCACGAGCGAACUCCUUUGUGGGAACAGCACAGUAUGUUUCUCCAGAGUUGCUAACAGAGAAAUCAGCCUGCAAAAGCUCUGACCUUUGGGCAUUAGGAUGUAUUAUCUACCAAUUGGUGGCUGGUCUACCACCUUUCAGAGCUGGAAACGAGUACUUAAUAUUCCAGAAGAUAAUAAAGCUGGAGUAUGAAUUCCCAGAGAAAUUCUUCCCCAGAGCCAAGGAUCUUGUCAAACAGCUUUUGUCACUGGACCCCUCGAAUCGGAUCGGGUGUGAAGAAAUGGGUGGGUACAACCCUUUGAAACAACACCCUUUCUUCGAUACCAUAUCGUGGAGCGACCUGCACAUUCAGACGCCCCCUAAACUCACCCCUUACCUGCCCGCCAUGUCGGAGGAUGACGAGGACUGCUACGGAAAUUACGACGACCUCCUGAGCCAGUUCAGCAACAUGCAGGUGGCCCAGUCCAGCUCGUCACACUCCCUGUCGCCGCAUGAGUCGACGCCGCCGCAACGGUCAAGCAGCAACAUCGAGCAGUACAUCCACGAUCUGGACAACAACUCCUUCGAGCUGGACUUGCAGUUCACCGAUGAGGAGAAGCUCCUGCUGCUGGACAAACAAACCUCUGGAAAUCCGUGGCACCAGUUUGUGGAAAACAACCUGAUUUUAAAAAUGGGUCCAGUGGACAAACGAAAGGGUCUAUUUGCCCGACGGAGACAGCUGCUCCUCACCGAAGGUCCACACCUGUACUAUGUGGAUCCUGUCAACAAGGUCCUGAAAGGAGAAAUCCCUUGGUCGCUAGAAUUACGCCCCGAGGCCAAGAACUUCAAAACCUUCUUUGUUCACACGCCUAACCGAACAUACUAUUUGAUGGACCCUAGCGGAAACGCCGACAGAUGGUGCAAGAAGAUCCAGGAAGUGUGGCGAAAGAUCUAUCAAAGACACCAAAACCCUGGCCUAUAGGAGCUCCUCCCACAUCCUCCCGUGGCCAAUCACUGAGCAGAGUAACACCCUCUUUAGUGCCCUUCAUCACCGCAGUGUAAACAAACUCAGACGCUGGCAUCUAGACCUCGUUUGUUUUACUGAGUAGAAUCAUUGGGGAGGGGGGACUACGACUUUGGAUUCAGGGUUGCUUUGCUUGUUCUUUGUGCUCCGCGCGAGGCUUCCGUUGCAAUUUCGCCACCGAGCACAUCUGCUUUUUUUUUUGUACAUUCUCCACCCGAUUCAAUCCAAGGACUGGUUUCCUGCUCUACAUAAGGCAAAAAUAUCGAUUUACGUGAAUCCGAGAGUCUAACCAAACCCGCGUCCUAUGUGCAAACCGUAGACAGCGCCUCCUUGUCUAGUGCAUAUAGCUGUACACUUGAUUCCGUCUCGCGCAUUUACCAAACUCAAAUGUAUUUUUGUAAGAGCCCGUGUAUUUCCACAGUAUUUGUUUUCUGAAAUCGAGUGGUACUAGCUUAUCGCGGUCCAAUCAGAAUCCCAGCGGGCGGAAGCCGUUGCCGAGGAGGCGGUUAAACAUGCCACUAGCUUGUACUUCCGAAAAUCGCUUACCUUUUCCUGCAUGGCCAGUCGUGUAGCGCAGUUCUUCGUUCCUCUCUCCUUAGGGCACUGGUGAUAUUAAGGUAGUUUAUAAAAAGGUGGGUAUUUUGGUGACUGCAUCGGCAACCAUCGCAAAUGUUACUGGCUGUUCUGUUUUGUUCACUUUGCUAUUUCUUUGUGAUGUGAAUUUCAGUUUUUUUUUUUUUUUUUUUUUUUUUUCUUUUUGUGGGAUCGAUCAUCCACAGCGCAUCCUGUCGAAAUACGAAAAAUCCUACUUGCUGACCGGAAAAUCCUCACCGGGUUAUACAUUAUACGAUCAUUGUUUUCGAAGCAAUCGCGAGUUUCGAAAUCGCCUACCCAACAGUUCACGGUAGAAGAGAAAUGGUCUAAGACUCUUUAGUUUUUACACAGAUUAGCAUCAUUCUCGGUCUAUAAGUCGCACCAGCCAAGCAUGCACAAAAACAUAAAUCGGAGUCAGCUGGUGUAUAAAUUGGAUUUUUUUCGGGCGGGAUUUAGUUUGGGGAUUGGCUGACUAUUGAAGGAUUACUGUGUUCAAUGCUAACAUGUACUGCAUUGUAAAAGUUGUCAAGACUGACUGCCACACAGUAACAUUGGUAUAUUACCACUUAAAACACACUAAGGAAAUCAAAAACCUUCCAACUGUUCUGACUGGCAUGAUGGUUUUCCAAAAAUGAACUAAUAGGCUGCCAUUGCUGGUGGUAAGACAUCCAUUUUGACCGGGAGGCUGCCAGCUUCUCCCAGUCAAAAUAGGUUGGACGACUAUUGCGAUCAAUGGAAGCUCAAGUAUUACUAUGUACGUCGCUAGCAUGUUUCUGCCAGACUAACUCACAGUUAAGUGCGACUUAUAGGCUGAAAAAUAUGAUGCCUUCAGUUCCUUUUCAAAGCCCGUCCCGCUUCCCUCGGCUCUGGAAUAUCGGCGAUUAGGACCCCGGGGGGGCUCGGCGUGCGAGUAUAUCCUUAUCUGAUCCCAACAAGAAGCGAUAAAAUUGCUGUAUCUGUCUAGAAAAGCAGAGGAGAGGCUCCAAAAGCGCGGAGAACUCGUCAGAAAUCAAACGGGCGUACGGAACCCCCUCGACCCGUAGCCCCUUAUAACCCGACGAGAACUGUGAUGUACAGAUAAUGUAUUAUGAAAAAUCUGAAGCAAGUAAUGCGACGAUAUUAGGAGACAGUUUUUGUAUUUUUAUUCUUGUAUAAGGUUAUUAGAGUGCUCUUGUUCAGCCUCUAGUUCAUUCUGUGUUAUUUAAAUUCUAAUAUAUGAAUCAUAUUUGGAUUGAAGUCAUGUUCAGGGGCCAUGUUGUGUAUGUUUUGAGAUGUAAAGCCUUUGAAUGUGAAUAAUUAUUGUAAACUAUAAUAUUUUACAGCUUUUUUCUUACUAUAUCAUACAUUUUCUAUUUGCUCAGUGAUUUCAUCAUAUUCCGAUGAUAAUUUAACGAAUUUGUUCAUUCUCUCGCUGAUUAUUUGUGCGUUAGGUCAGUAGAUGUUGAAUGACGACUUUUCCACUUUAUGCUCGGUAGUCCAGUAAUUAAAGCAUGUAGGGAAUUUAGGCAAACCAAGAGAGAAAGGCCUUCUGUGUUCUGUUAAGUUACGGUUGGUCGGGACACGCUUGAAAAAUGGCGGCCGGCGGUUCACUGGCGAUGGCUUCUCACAUCCUGCAGCAUGUAAAUAAAGUAUCAGCCCACCA